GCCGGGGGCCCUGGCCGGCGCGCCGCGGCCAUGCGCGGCCCGGGACUCGCCUGCUGCGCGCUGCUGCUGGCGCUGGGGCUCUGCCGGGCGCGCCGCCGGAACGCGCUGCUGAUCCUCGCGGACGAUGGAGGCUUCGAGAGCGGUGCGUACAACAACAGUGCCAUCUCCACCCCUCACCUGGACGCCCUGGCCCGGCGCAGCCUCGUCUUCGGAGACGCCUUCACCUCCGUCAGCAGCUGCUCGCCCAGCCGUGCCUGCCUGCUCACCGGCCUGCCCCAGCACCAGAACGGCAUGUACGGCCUGCACCAGGACGUGCACCACUUCAGCUCCUUCGACAAGGUGCGGAGCCUGCCGCUGCUGCUCAGCCAGGCCGCGUGCGCACAGGUGAGGCAGGGCAUCAUCGGGAAGAAGCACGUGGGGCCGGAGGCCGUGUACCCGUUCGACUUCGCGUACACGGAGGAGAACGGCUCCGUGCUCCAGGUGGGGCGGAACAUCACCAGGAUCAAGCUGCUAGUGCGGAGAUUCCUGCAGACCCAGGACGACAGGCCCUUCUUCCUCUACGUGGCCUUCCACGACCCCCACCGCUGCGGGCACUCCCAGCCCCAGUACGGAGCCUUCUGUGAGAAGUUUGGAAACGGGGAGAGUGGCAUGGGGCACAUCCCGGACUGGACACCCCAGACCUACGAUCCUCAGGACGUGCUGGUGCCAUACUUUAUCCCGGACACACCGGCAGCCCGAGCUGACCUGGCUGCCCAGUAUACUACCAUCGGCAGGAUGGACCAAGGGAUUGGACUGGUCCUCCAGGAGCUGAGCAGUGCUGGGGUCCUGAACGACACGCUGGUCAUGUUCACGUCAGACAACGGGAUCCCCUUCCCCAGCGGGAGGACCAACCUGUACCGCCCCGGCACCGCCGAGCCCCUGCUGGUGUCCUCUCCAGAGCACCCGCGGCGCUGGGGCCAGGUCAGCGAGGCCUACGUGAGCCUCCUAGACCUCACCCCCACCAUCCUGGAUUGGUUCUCCAUCCCCUACCCCAGCUACGCCAUCUUUGGCUCCAAGACCGUCCGGCUCACGGGCCGGUCCCUCCUGCCGGCGGAGGCCGAGCCCGCCUGGGCCACCGUGUUCGGCAGCCAGAGCCACCACGAGGUCACCAUGUCCUACCCCAUGCGCUCGGUGUACCACCGCCACUUCCGCCUGGUGCACAACCUGCACUUCAAGAUGCCCUUCCCCAUCGACCAGGACUUGUACGUCUCGCCCACCUUCCAGGACCUCCUGAACCGCACGGCGGCCGGCCGGCCCACGCGCUGGUACAAGGACCUCCACCGCUACUACUACCGCGCGCGCUGGGAGCUCUACGACGACCGCCGGGACCCCCGCGAGACCCGGAACCUGGCCGCCGAGCCGCCCUUCGCGCCCGUGCUGGAGCUGCUGCGCGCGCAGCUGGCCAAGUGGCAGUGGGAGACCCACGACCCCUGGGUGUGCGCGCCGGACGGCGUCCUGGAGGACAGGCCGUCCCCGCGCUGCCGGCCCCUCCACAACGAGCUGUGACCGCCCACCCCGCCCCGAGGGCCGGGUCCCGGCACAGGAGGCUCAGGACGGGGCGGGGGGGGGAACCC